AUGCCGACCCCGGUCCUGGGCCUACUGCCUGCCUGCCUGGGGGACACACUCCAACCAUGCCCCAGGGGCAGCCAGAGGCAGGGCCCCUUCUCCCCCAGGGCCCUGAGGAGAGCAGUUGCCUGGAAGGCCAGCAGCCAGCCCAGGUAGUGUUUGUACGGGCUGCGUCCACCCGCGGCUGAGGAUGACCUCAUGGCUGCCCGGAGGCGGCCUGGGCCCUCCCAGCAGCCAGGCCCAGUCCAGGCAGGUCCCCACGUGGCCCAUUCUGACCACACUGAGGAGCCAGGCCCCCGGGGGGAGCUCCGCAGCCUGCCCGUAUGGUCCACAGGACAGGAGGCCAGCGAUGGGGACAGCUCAGUGUCAUCGGGCCGCCUCUCUGGCUCCUCAGGGGGCCACAAGCCAUGCGUGCCUCCCCGUGGGCCCUGGCAGGAGAGGCCGCCCCAGGCGCUGGGGCCCCAGCGGCAGCCCAGAAAGAGCGACCUGCGGCUGGAGCAGCUGAGGGACAAGAUCCGGGCGCAGGUGCGGUGGCAGGGGAGCUGCGCCUCCCUGGGGACCACGGCGCCCUCCAGCGCCUCCGGCCUCUGCAGAGCUUCCCCACAGGUGCUCGGGAGGAAGACCCGCAAGGUGACAAACGUCCUUCCAGCCCCCCAGCACCCAGGGUUUGCUCCGCAUCCUGCGGCUGAGCGCAGAUUUGAAGACAAGGUGUCCGCCCGCCAGGGGCCAGAGCCCUCCAGGGUCUCCUAGCACCAGGCAUUGGCUCUAAGGGAAAAAACCAAAAGGGCCACAAGCGGUUCUUGCAAAAGACAGAAGGCCCCCAAGUCACCCGCCCCCAGAAGAGCUGCCAAAGACAAAGAUUCUGAGCUGGUUGGUGUUUGUGGCUGGAGAAAAGGACAAGCUCUGGUGAGGCUGCUGCUCGGGCCCCCUCCCGGCCUCCCCAGGCCCCAGAGCCAGGCACGCUCAAGAGACCCGGCCCUCGCCGCGGAAUUAGGGGACAGCAGGAAAGUUGUAGCCACCGAGGGCUCACCUGUCCGUGCCCAGCCACCCUGCCCUGUCUCUGCCAGCAGCGACCGGCAGGUGUCUGAGAACACGCCCAGCCUGGCCUCCCGCGACCAGCCAGCGACAAUCCACACUGCCAUGGCCAUCCUACGGGACCUGCGCCGGCAGAUCCAGGCUGGGCUGGAGUUGGCCCAGGGCCCCAGGGGAGGGCGGGAGCUCGGGCCACGGAAGCCGUGGCUGCAGGACGUGGCAGGGAGGAUGCGGCAGGCUCCCCGGAGUGCCCCGGGUGCACAGAGCUCCUCCUGCAAGAGUCCUGGGGCCGUGACAGAGGGGAAGCCCUCCUCUUUAGUGAGGGCUACGAGCUUCCACGCCUGGCAGCCCUGGAGUUCCCCAGCCAAGUGGGAGUCCCGUCCACAGAGGGCCUGGGUGGCCCAAAGACAGGAUUCCACCUUCCAGAGACCCAGGAGCCCCUCUGAGAGGCUGGGCUCCUCCUCUCAGCGGCCCUGGAGUGCCUCGGCCAGGCAGGCCUCCCGUCCCCAGAGGGUCUGGGCGACCCAAGGACAGUACUCCUCCUUCCAGAGGCCUGGAAGCCCCUCUGAGAAGCUGAGCCCCUCCCCCCAGAGGCCCUGGAGUGCCUUGGCUGGGCGGGCCUGUCCACAGAGGACCUGGGCAGCUUGUGAAGACGGCGAGGCCCCUGCCCCCGGGCCGUGGAGCCCUCUGGAAAGGCCGAACCCUCCCGCCUCCUCCGUGCAGAGGGCCGGAGCCCCGUGCAAGGGCAGAGGCGCCAUCUCCCCUCCUUCGGGAGCCAGGCCCACCUGGCUGAGGCCCUCGCAUGGCCUCCCGCAGAGCCCAUCCGGAAAGAAGGACGGGCUGCCCCCGAGCCUGAGGCCCCGGGGGCUCGCGGGACACCAGCACAGCUCCGAGUCCUUGCGGGAGUUCAUGCGCCAGAAGGCACAAGCGCGGCGGCGACAGGCCCUGGAGGAGAAGGCCUCAGCCACGCGGACGCGGGAGCUGAGACAGCAGAGGCUGCAGGAGGUGUACAGGAAGCAGAGGGAGGCUGUCCUUGGCAGAGCUGUUCCCGUGGUUUCCCAGACCUCCCCUGGCAUCGUGACCUUUGUCCCCAGUUCUGCGCAGUCUGGGGGCCUGGAGGCCCCUGGGAGCCGGGAGUCACCAGCGCUGGAGUGGAGCAAGGUGACGUCUGGCAUGGUGCUGGGGGACCUGGAGGCCCCAGGCAGCUUCUGCCUGUGUUUGAACAGAGCCUGCAGCCACGCUGAGACCCUGGGGCGCCUGGGGAUGAGAGGCACCCAGGACGGCCGAGAUGGGGCCCCUGUGCUGCUGCCGACUACCUCCUCCCUGGGCCACCUGCAGCUCCAGGACCUGUCCCGGGGGCUGUGCAUCUACCUGGACCCCCAGGAGGCUAAGCGUCUUGGCAUGUCCGGGCCCCUGCCCAUCCGGCACAAGCAGGCGCGGCUGCAGGCGCUGGAGACCACGGCCAAUGUCCUCAAGCAGCGGAUUGACAGCCUCACCGCCAAACUGCACAGGUCCGAGGUGCUGGACGCCGUCCCAGGCCCGACCUUGGACCUGCCACCCUCGCGCCCCAGCACCGCGCCUGCUGCCCCUAUGCUCGCCGCCGCAGCCUGCCCUGGAGCCCUGGUGCCCAGUGGGGACAGAGGUGCGCCCCAGGACUGGGUGGACAUGCAGGUCCGGCCCCUUCCGCCCCCCACCUACCUGUUGGACGGGGAGACACUGCCAUGGAGCCCCAACGGGAAGCAGCAGCAGAGCGAGUGCCUGAGGGCCCACACCAAGGGGAAGCUUGAAGGUUUCACGGAGGAGGAGCGCGAGAAGCCGGACAAGAGGCUACAGAGGAACGUGGCCCCUCUCCAGGCCCUCAGCGCCCUUUCGGGGAGCUCACCCGGCGCGCCAGCCCCACCGGACCCUGCCUGGAGCUCCCUGCAGCUGGAGGAGCUGCCGUCGGCCAGAGGGGCCGGCCCUGCAAAGCCCUGGCCCACCCCGAGCUGCGGUAAGGGCGAGCCUGCAGGCAGGCCCUGGGCUGGCUGGUUGGGGGGCCUGGGAGGUCAGCAGGAGCCUGGCGAGCCUCGUCCUGGAGACCUGUGCGCCGGACACCUCGCCGACAUCCAGCGGAAGUCCCUGAGCUUUCUCGAGUCACUGAAGCUGGCCCAGCAGACGCAGGGGCAGGCGCUGGCGCUUCUGCAGCAGCGGGCGCAGCGGGAGGCCUGGGAGACGCAGAUGGCCCUGGACAGGCUGCUCCUCCGACACCAGCCGCAGCGGCUGAUGGAGAAACACUCGGCCCAGGCCAGGCCGGAAAUGGCUGCAAAGCUGGAGCAGCUGCAGACCUGUGGGGACCCAGCGCCGAGGACAACCUCUCAGAGGACCAUGACGGCCAGACCCCAGUGA